AUGGCACCCAUCAAAGUCGGCCUAGUUGGCUACGGUAACUCAGCCAAAAGCUUCCAUCUACCGUUCAUCACCGCGAUCCCAGACUUUGAACUCGUUGCCAUUCUUCAAAGAGCUGAGGCCCCAUCAGACCCUUCGUCCGCCGCCAAGGGAUCCCAUUGCACCGUCGAUUUCCCUCAUGUCAAGCACUAUCGCGACGCUGACAAGUUCUUUGCCGAUUCUGAGAUCCAAUUUGUUGUUGUGGUGACUCAUCAUGAUACACAUGGACAGUUCGCUGAGCAAGCCCUCCUUGCGGGCAAACAUGUGAUCGUUGAUAAGCCGUUUACUGCGACUUCUGAGGAAGCGGACAAGGUGAUCAAGAUAUCGGAAGAAAAGGGACUUAUCCUCACUUGUUUCCAGAAUCGAAGAUGGGAUGCCGACUUCAAAACACUCAGCCACCUCAUCAAAAAUGGCGCACUCGGCGAUAUCAAAGAAGCCGAGUUGCACUACGACUUUGAGUCGCCAUCUUGGAUGUCUCAAAUGGGGACCAAGUUCACUCCAGGAUCCGGGAUGUCUUAUGGUCUUGGAACACAUAGUCUAGACCAGGCUCUUGUUCUUUUCGGACGACCAAGAUCUGUAACUGGAUUCUUCCGCGUCCAACGUGAUGGCGAGAGUGAAGUUGAGGACUCUUUCACAAUUAUCCUUCAGUACGACGGUGCGCAAAAAGACCUUCUCGUCACGGUAAAGACGGCUGUGGUUACGCCUAUGGCGCAGCAGCUCAAACAUCUUGUUCGAGGAACAAAAGGUUCUUUUAUCAAGUUUCAGCAACGCAGCACUUGCAUAACAGAAGACAACAUCGCCACAGGUCUCAAACCACUCGAUGAAGGAUUUGGUGUUGAAUAUGAGAGCAUGCAAGGAACUUUGACCACGUAUGAAGAAUUCGACAACAAAGUGCAGAAGUGGGAUCCGGAAAUCAAGAAGUAUACGGGCAAAUACCCAACUCUUCCAAGCAGAUGGAUGGGACUUUAUGAAAACGUCGCGGAUGCGAUCAAUGGCAAGGCAGAAUUAGUUGUCAAGCCUACUCAGUGUCGGGAUGUUUUGAGAGUCAUUGAGUUGGCGAGGGAAUCUCAUGAGAAGGGUGCUACGAUUCCUUGGCCUUGA